AUGCUCGAGCGCGACGGCCGGGUGGGGGGGAGGCGGACAGUCGAGGCACAGUAUAUUCUUUCUUAUACUGUGGUCGAGGCCUGCCUGUCGGUGUCAAACGGGCCACGCGCGUCCACCCGCCCGCAUGCCAUUAGAUUUUCGUCGUUUUCGAUGAAAACACGUCCCCGCUGGCGACACGACGCGCCGGCCACGAGUGCACCGAGUUGUCGACGUUGCGUUUAACCGAGUGUCAACACACGGCGUAGGAGUGUGUCACCGCGUGAAUCGCGCGCGAGCCUUCGCGUGCGACGAGUGUCUCGUUCUCUUGGGAAAGUGCCUUCUUUCGGGACGUGGGAGUGUGCGAACGAGGAUAAAGGACGGCGUAUCCUUGCUGGGAGGACGAAGGAGACAAAUCCUAUACGUGGAGGAGCAGGCUGAGAAUUCGCGAACUGUCAAAUUACCCGCGAAUUUCGUGCCGGGGUGACAUAUAUACGAGAGGAAGAGAAGAAGAAGAAGAAGAAGAAGAAGAAGAAGAAGAGGAAGAAGAAGAAGAAGAGGAAGAAGAAGAAGAAGAAGAAGGAGGAGGGACGAGCGAAAGGAUGUCUGCUGUCGAGAGUGCCUUGGAUGUCCUCUCCAGAGCGGCGACGAUGGUGCAAGUUGCAUCAUCGGUGCCUUUGUGUGUUGCAGAGGAGAGACCGAAGUCGACGAAUUUGCAUCGGAAGCCGAGCAGCGCGUGGCGCAAAGAACGUAGGAGAGAUCCCAUUCAGAACGAAGCUUUGGACAUGUCGGCGGCACGACAGCAUCAUCAUCACAGCAGACCAAGUGUGAUCGUCCCUACGAUGCCACAAGCUGGUAGCACAGUCGAGGAGACGACGGAGACGUCCACGCCGACGGCGAUGCCUACUACGACGGGUGGACAGAGGACCGGGAUCAGAACAGCGGGUGGCGUCAGCGAUCCCGCGAUCGAUGAGCACUUUAAACGAUCGUUGGGUCUGAAAGAGUACGCAGCAGUUUUUAAUGCCACUACUACCGACAAGGAAACCGGCCUGAGCGUUGAUGAUCACUUUGCGAAAGCGCUCGGCGAAACCUGGACGAGGCUUAAGGCGAUCAAUCGAAGCAAGGAGUCCAUCUAACCACCGGGGAAAUUCGCCAGGGAUCUUGUCGUCAUUCUUGUUGUCGUCCUCGUUGUCGCUUGACGGCCAUCGUAACCCAUUCGGGUGAAAUCGUUCCAAUCUCGUUCGUUAAUUAUGCACUAGCGAUAAGUCAUUACCGAUAAGAGUUAACUGCAUUCGCGCCUGUAUUCGAGGGAAGCCCGCACAUAGAGAGGUAAAGCUGAAAUUUAGAGUUUUUUUAAAUAAAGGCUGAGCCGAAACGCGUCGAGAGGUGAAUUGUCAGAUAGUAUGACAAUUGUUACGGUGCAACUUAUUCCUUCGGAUUGGAUUUCUAUAUAUUCGACAUUUAAAAAGAUAUAAGUCAAAAAUGUUAAAACACAUGACAGAUCAAAGUCGAAAGGUUAAUAUUAAAUA